AUGCCUCCAUUAGAUAAAAAAAUCAAGAAAUUUCUGAAAGAUUCAGUAAGAAUAGCUCCGAAAAUAUCUAGUAAAGGUGAAUUAACUGAACUUAGAACGGGCUUGGUAUCACCAUAUCCACAAACGAGAAAAGAUGCCAUUAAAAAAACUAUUCAACAGAUGACUGUUGGUAAGGAUGUGUCAUCAUUAUUCCCUGAUGUAUUAAAGAACAUUGCAACAAAUGACGUCGAGCAAAAAAAAUUAGUUUAUCUCUACGUAAUGAAUUAUGCGGAAACCCAUCCAGAAUUGUGUAUUUUGGCAGUUAAUACAUUUGUAACCGAUUCUGAAGAUCCAAAUCCUUUAAUUCGUUGUAUGGCAGUUCGAACAAUGUCAAUGAUCCGAGUAGAUAAGAUUUUAGAUUAUCUGGAAACUCCUUUACGUCGAACUUUACAAGAUGACAAUCCUUAUGUUAGAAAAACAGCCGUCAUUUGUGUUGCCAAAGUUUUUCAAUUAGAUAAACAAUUAUGCUUAAAUUUAGGUGUAUUAACAGAUUUGGUUUCAGCGUUAGAAGAUCCAAACCCUGUCGUAGUAGCGAAUACAAUUGCCUCUUUAACUGAAAUAUAUGCCAUGGAUAGUACUGUAAUUAAUUUAAACGAUUUAAUUCAAUCUCAUGUUUCAAAAUUCUUAUUGGCAUUAAAUGAAUGUACUGAAUGGGCAAGAAUUACAAUUUUAACUGUAUUAUCAAAAUAUAGUGCUAAAGACUCGAUUGAAGCCCAAGAUAUUAUAGAUAGAGUCACAGCUCAUUUGCAGCAUGUUAAUCCUGCAGUCGUAUUAGCGACAGUGAAAGUAAUAAUCAUUAAUUUAGAUUUAACUAAGCCUCAGAUCAAUGAUCCAGUAAUGAAAAAAUUGUCAUCUGCUAUGAUUUCUAUCAUGUCUACACCACCUGAGAUUCAAUUCAUCGCAUUAAAAAAUAUCAGAAUUAUAUUAGAAAAAUAUCCAGAAUUAUUAACAAAGGAAACUCGAAUUUUCUUCGUAAAAUUUAAUGAUCCAUUAUAUGUAAAAUUGGAAAAAAUUGAAAUUUUAGUUAGACUGGUUGAUGCUUCAAAUAUUAAACAAUGUACUAUACUAUUAAAUGAAUUGAAAGAAUAUACAAGAGAAUUUGAACCUGAAUUUGUUUCAAAAGCAAUCCAAGCUCUAUCACAAUUAGCCAUUAAAUAUUCCAAAGAAAGUUUCUGUAAUAAAGUUUUAGAUAUUUUACUAGAAUUAUUAGAAAGGCAAGAUACGUUUAAGGAUGAUUGCUGUAUUGCAAUCUCCAAUUUGUUAAGACACUGUCCAACAAGUACCCAAAUGGUUACACAAGCAUGUGGGUUAUUAAAUACUUGGGUUGAACCGGAAUUAAUUUUAAAUAGAGAUGAAGCCAAAUGUAAUUAUGUUUGGCUACUUGGCCAGUACCCUGAUAAAUUUAGUUCACUUGAAGAAAGAAUACUAGGAUUCGUAGAAAAUUUUAGACAAGAGGACCCUUUAACUCAAACUGCGGUAUUAGCAACUAUUGUUCGAUUACACACAAGAUUGCCUGGCACAAUUUUACAAACAAUCUUAGAAUUAGCUACUAAAGAGACGAUCGUGAUAGAUAUUAGAGAUAUGGCAAUGAUGUAUUGGAGAUGCUUAUCAAUUCCAGGCGGAGAUGAAUUAGUUCAGCAACUUUGUAAUACUGCUCCUCCUGCAAUUGACAAUAUACUUGAUACAUUUCCACCAGAAAUAUUAAAAAAAUUGAUCCAAGAACUUGCCACUAUAAGCUCUAUAACAUUUAGACCACAAGCAACAAAUGCAAAGAAAUAUGUUAGACCUGAGACAGUAGUUAAAGGUAAGAAAUUAGAUGAGUUGAAGAACAUUGCUAAAAAUGAAAUCGUAAAGAAUGAUGAAGUUUUGUUGGACUUUGGUGAUGAUGCUACUGAAGAGAAUAAUAAAAAUACAACUACACUAGAUGAUCUUGAUGAUUUAUUCAAUUUCGGCACUGUACUACCUAAAGAAUCAAAUAGCGGGACUAAUCUUGAGUCUGACUUUAACAAACUAGGCAUUAAUGGAGGUAGGCAGGAUACAAACACUACUUCAACUAGUACAACUACUCAAGACUUAAUGGAUCUAUUUUAG